UUCCCUCCAAUCCGAUUUGUAAUUCACCGAGUUAAACUCGUUCCCUCGCCUCUCGAGACCGCGCCAGAAAAAACCCUAACUCUCAUUCAACCGCUUCACCGAAAUCGCCAAUCUGCGGGACAACUAGUACCAACAAGAAAAUGAAAGACCUAUUGGACAAUUUUUGCUUGGGACGAAGAUGGGGUAGUUGUGAAGAGAAAUGCGCGGUUGUGUUCCUGAAAGGUUCGUGAGCUUAACUGAUUGAUUUUGUUAGAAAUCUUGUUGGUAAGUGAACCUGGGAUAGGAUAAUGGAGAACCCGAAUUCGGGCCGGUCGGUUUUGAAGCGGUCAUUGAGAAAGAAAGCGGGUAUGCGGAAUUAUGAUGAGAAUUUGAUGGAUGAGCUCAUAGAGAAGCAUUUGGGUGGUUCUUUGAAGAAGAGGAAUAGAACAAGAGAGGAUCUGGAGAAAGAAACGGAAAUUGAAGCUAUGAUAGCACUGUCACUCGGGUUCCCAAUUGAUGCUCUGCUUGAGGAAGAGAUUCAAGCUGGAGUGGUGAGAGAACUGGGUGGAAAGGAGCAGAAUGAUUAUAUUGUUGUGAGAAAUCAUAUACUAGCAAGGUGGAGGGAUAACGUACGGAUGUGGUUGUCAAAAGGACAGAUUAAAGAAACUGUAAGUAGUGAGUACGAACAUUUGAUAUAUUCAGCUUAUGAUUUUCUUUUGUAUAAUGGGUAUAUCAAUUUUGGGGUUUCUCCGUCUUUUGUGUCUUAUAUGCCAGGGGAGGCAAUGGAAGGGUCUGUGAUAAUUGUUGGUGCAGGACUUGCUGGGUUGGCAGCAGCAAGACAGCUGUUGUCAUUUGGUUUCAAGGUGGUUGUUCUUGAAGGCAGGCAUCGACCUGGUGGAAGAGUUUAUACUCAAAAGAUGGGGCAGGCGGGUAAAUUUGCUGCUGUGGACCUUGGUGGUAGUGUUAUUACUGGGAUACAUGCGAAUCCUCUUGGAGUUCUGGCCAGGCAACUUUCUGUACCACUUCAUAAGGUCAGAGAUAACUGCCCUUUGUACAAGCCAGAUGGGGCAAUUGUUGACAAGGACAUUGAUUCCAAGGUCGAAUUCAUCUUUAAUAAGUUGCUCGAUAAAGUCACUGAACUGAGACAAAUUAUGGGUGGAUUCGCAAAUGAUAUAUCUCUUGGUUCAGUUUUGGAGACACUCAGGCAAUUGUAUGCUGUGGCUAAGAAUACUGAGGAGAGGCAACUCCUUGAUUGGCAUCUUGCAAAUUUGGAAUAUGCCAAUGCUGGAUGUCUUUCUGAAUUGUCGGCUGCCUAUUGGGAUCAGGAUGAUCCUUAUGAAAUGGGUGGGGACCACUGCUUUCUUGCUGGAGGCAAUUGGAGAUUGAUAAAAGCAUUGUGUGAAGGAGUUCCCAUACUGUAUGGAAAGACUGUCAGUACCGUUAGAUAUGGAAAUGAAGGCAUUGAGGUGAUAGCCGGGGACCAAAUGUUUCAAGCAGAUAUGGCUCUGUGCACUGUACCACUUGGAGUUUUAAAGAAAAGAGGUAUCAGAUUUGAACCAGAGCUGCCCCGGAGAAAGUUGGCAGCCAUUGAAAGGUUGGGAUUUGGGCUGCUGAAUAAAGUUGCAAUGGUUUUUCCGCAUGUUUUCUGGGGGGAAGAUCUGGACACUUUUGGAUGUCUAAGUGAACAGAGUGAUAAACGUGGAGAGUUUUUUCUGUUUUACAGUUACCAUACCGUUUCUGGAGGUCCAUUAUUGGUUGCGCUGGUGGCUGGAGAAGCUGCACAAAUAUUUGAAUUAACAGAUCCAUCUGUUUUGCUUCAUCGUGUUCUAAAAAUCCUAAGAGGUAUAUUUAGUCCCAAAGGUAUUGAUGUGCCUAAUCCAAUACAAACCAUAUGUUCAAGAUGGGGCAGUGAUCCCCUUUCCUAUGGCUCAUACUCUCAUGUUAGAGUACGCUCAUCUGGAAGUGAUUAUGAUAUACUUGCAGAAAGCUUGGGUAAUCGGCUUUUCUUUGCUGGUGAGGCAACAAAUAGGCAAUAUCCAGCUAGCAUGCAUGGUGCCUUCUUGAGUGGCUUAAGAGAAGCUUCACACAUGUACAGAGCAACAAGGUAUCGCCAAUAUAAUGGGAGGAAAUUUACACAGAGGAACGUCGGACCAACCAAUGAUGCACUUGAAGAUCUAUUCAAGAAGCCUGAUCUAGUGUUAGGGAACCUUAUGUUUAUAUUUGAUCCUUUAACAGAAGACCCAAAAUCGAUGGGGCUUAUGAGAAUUACUUUGGGGAGUAGGGAACACGGCUAUAAAGAGGAAUCAACUAGCAGCUGCCUACAUCAAUCAAACCUUCCAUUGCCGCUUUACACGGUUAUAUCUCGAGAACAGGCACAGCAACUGCUACUUGUGACUGAAGGGGAUGAAAGUAGACUCUCAUAUAUAGUAAAAAAUCUUGGAUUAAAGCUGAUGGGACCUAGUGCGUUAGGAAAUGUAGGCAACUCCUUGAUAGCUAGCAUUGCUAGUGCCCGAAGAGGCAAGGGCAGGAAUCGCAUGUCUGUUGGACCACCACACAUUGUUUAGGGACGCUAAUAGUUUAAAUGCAUUAAUUUUUCAGGUGUUCUUCAUGCCAGCAUGGAGUCUAUUGAUGUAUAAACUUGCUCCAUUGAAGUGAUGUUAGAAAGUCAGCAUGGCUUCUGCUCCAAGAAGUCGCACUAGAUAUAAUCUAAUCAAGUUUGCCAUUCAUCGACUUAAAGAGAGAGCAAUUUCUUGGAGUUUGACUGGAGAAGCCCCUCUUUUCGGUUCGAACAUUUUUUGUCUAGUGAUCAACUUGGUAGCCAAUCGGACCCACCUGUUGAUCAAUCAUGUAGCUUUAAAAUUUUUAGGACUAAAGACUUUGUACAAGCAGCUCAUCUUUAUUGGAGGUGAAGUCUGUUGAAUGUUGUUUGUGUCAUGUAUCUGAUGAUUCUGAUCCCUUUGUUAAUAGAUUCCAAUGUAGAAAAUCGUGUAUGUUGGGCCCUUCUGGCUCUGGUAAUGCAUUUUCUUUUCUUA